UACACUUCUUAACAUGGUUUCGGUUAUCGUCUAUAUGUGUCAACUUCUAACUACUAACUAGCUAUCUGGGCAGCUGGAACACUAUAAUAGUAUGCAGGAAAUCAAGGUUGCAGCUCUGAAUUUAAUAGAGAAGUAAAACAAUGGACGCGCCAAGGAUAGAGCAGCUUUUUGACUUCAACAGGUUUCCACACGAUGGUGUGUUGCUCUUCCUGCUGGCUCUCUACUUCCCCGUCGGCCUGUGUCUUCUCGUGCUGCGAAUAUUUGUCGGCGUACACGUGUUUUUAGUGAGCUGCGCCCUGCCACGCUGCUCUCUCCGCAGAUUCAUUUUGAGGGUUAUGUGUUCCGUGCUGGGAAUCUACGUGAAGCAGAGGAGUUCGUGGCUAAGAGACAGAAACGUGAAGUUGUACAUCAGUAAUCACGUGACCCCAUUUGACCACAACGUUAUCAACAUCGUUACAUCCUGUAACACGCCUGUUUUAGGGAGCUCUUCAGGGUUCUUGUGCUGGGCACGGGGAUUCCUAGAGCUGGACACGACAUCGAGCCACACUGAACUGGCAGGGGGGCUUCAGCAGUACUGCUCUGAUUUAAGUGCUCUCCCCCUGCUGUUCUUCCCGGAGGAGGACACCACCAAUGGUCGCAGAGGCCUCCUCAAGUUCAGCUCCUGGCCCUUCACUGUGACCGACACUGUCCAGCCCGUGGCCCUGACAGCGAGGAGACCCUUGCUGGCUGUGAGCACAGCAGAAUCAUCUUGGGUGACAGAACUGUUAUGGAUUCUAUUCGUCCCAUUUACAGUGUACCAAGUAAGAUGGCUUUCUCCCCUGUCACGACAAGAUGGAGAACCACCUCAAGAUUUUGCUAACAAAGUUCAAGAGCUUAUAGCAAAGGAGCUUGGCUUGGCCUCCACACAGAUCACAAGGGCUGACAAAGCGGAACACAUCAAAAGGAAAAGACACGUGGCCCCUCAGAUCAGGAGCACCAAUGUGGAUGAGAGACCCCGUUCUCAGCGCUCUCCGGGACUCCUGGCUUCCAUCUCCAGGGUGGACGAUGUGAGGAUUGUGGGGAUGGCCCAGAAGGUGAAGGAGGUGCUACCAGACAUCCCGCUCAGCAUCAUCAUGAGGGACCUGGUGCAGACGAACUGUGUGGACACCACCAUUACAAACCUGCUUGAGGACGGUGGAGAUGCGACAGCAGAGGUCUCCAGUGGAACUGCUUCUGGAGAAGUUGCUGCUGGGCUAGCUAGGGGCCCCACAUCCUACACAACCAGGCCUGCAACACCCCCUUGGUCUGCUGCUAAAACCUUUGGCAAAUCUCCUGUGGACCGGCACAUGUCUCUCCAGGAGAGAAAAGAGGCCUUGUAUGAGUAUGCAAGAAGACGUUACAUUGAGAAACAUGGACUUAAUCGGGAGAACAACAUGUGAAUCUGAAAAAACAAGGCCAAGAGUUCUUGGCAAUGACGGUCCUUAAUAUCACAAAGACUUACAUGAAAUCUGCAAAAGAGGAUUCUGUACUACCACUUGUGUGGGGAAAGAUGGACUUCUGGAAACUUCUGUGGGUUUUGGUUUUAAAACAUUUUGCAUGGCAAUCAUGCAUGUAUCUUAACUCUACAAAUCAGAUUAUUUUGGUAUAAAUUUGUAAUAACCCAUUGUCAGUGAAAUAUAUGUAUUCCCUGC